AGAGAAAGAAACCCUCUGAAACAGAUCCAAGCAUGACUUUUCAGCUGAAAACCGAUGCUCGAUUCUUUGACCUGCACUGCUGUGUUGGUCUGACAGACUGGGACAUGGAUAAAGAGCUGAAACUGGCUACUACCACUGACCAAAUUCAUCAUGAUGACAAACCAAAUGAUCAAUAUGUGGCUCAAAGACCUUCUGCAAGGGCCUCGAGAAGAAAAGAUGAAUUCAUUUGGUACGAUAAAACAUCAGAUACAUUUGUUAAACCAAACCCGUGGCUUUGGGUGAAUCCCAACAUCGUCUGUCCAAUCGAAUAUAUCCAGAAUGAUGCUGAUCAGCAGCCUGAACCUGCUCACCAGUUACCUGAGAAACAGGAUCCACCAAUAUGUCCCCAUCAGGAGGACCUGCUGCCUUCUCCUCCUCCCUCAGCGGAAUAUACGAUAAAGAAAGAAGAGGGCCGUAGUGGACCAACCAGAACCAGACGCAAAGGAAGGGUCACAAAAGUUGUGGACCUGAAGACCCUGAAGCCAGGAUGCUGGCCUCGCCCACCGGUGAAUUAUUGCAUCCUCAUUUCUCUGGCUCUCAAGAGCAGCCAAACUGGGAGCCUUAAAGUCCAGCAGAUUUACAACUUCACCAGAGAACACUUCCCCUUCUUUCAGACAGCUCCAGAUGGCUGGAAAAACACAAUCCGUCAUAAUUUGUGCUUCAGCAGCAGUUUCCGAAAAACCUGCAACCAGCUCUGCAAAGAGGGGAAAAGGAAAUCAUGCUUCUGGCACCUGACUCUGGAUGGCCACCGCCGACUACAGGACGAGAUCCAAGUGUUGACCAGCGAAACCCUGAAGAUGCUCAAGAGGAGCAUGUCCAAACCAGAUGUAGUAUGGAGUUUACUUGAAAUGUGACUGCUGCUACCAAAGAUGUCAUUGCAUUUAAAUUGGUACAAAAUAAAAUAUGCAAAUGUAUGGUUGAAUUGAAUG